AUUUUAUAAGACCAAAACAUACAAACUGUCUAUUCUCUAAGCCAUCCCUCCAAUCCAAUUCUCUAUUUCCUCUACUAGCAGAGGUGUUAACGUUUCCUUUUGUUUCUCUCUCUUUGAGUUCAAGAGAAAAUAAUCAUGGGUGAUAUAGAUUGCGACUGUGAUCUUGAUGAUUGGGAUUGCGAUUGCGAUUUCGAUUGUUGUUGUUGUUGUUGUGAUGAUUGUGAUUGUGAUUGUGACAUUGGUGCAUGUCUUCACAAUUUCUUCUCUUCGGAUAAAGACAACAUUUGCUGCAUGAUAUGCGUUAACGUUGAUAAUAAUAAUGAUAGAAAGCAUAAUUCUCACGAUGAUACCUGCUAUUAUUUGUGCUGUUGUUGCUGUUGCGAUGAUGAUUGUCCAAGAAGAAGAGUACCAACCCAACCAAAUCAAGAAUCUGACCCCAAGACCAUGCAGCAAAAGCAAGAAGAGAAGAUGAGGAAAGAAUCUGAAUGGGAGCAUGCACCCAAUUGCCCAUAUCGUGGAUCCCGUAUACCUAAGAAUAGAUGUCCUUAUAAAUGUUGGUUAACAUCACCAUCACUUGAUUUAGAUCCUCCAAUGAUUCAACAAUUCCAAACCCUAGAUAGAGAGAAAUAUAUUAGAGGGUAUGAGUUCUCUGGGAAGCAGAUGCAUUAUUGGUGAUUUGGUUGCCUGCAAAGUUACCUCAACUUCGCUACAUCUUUGCCAUCGAUUUCACUUGAAACAGUUGAGAGUAGCAGAUCAAGGAGAGUUUUGAAACUUUGGAGGUUCGAUUAUCUCAAACCGAAGCCCUUUCAGGGGCAUCAGUACUACUGAUGUGCUAUGUUUUGGUACUCACUGCACCUCAAACAGUGUUUAGAGAGGAAAGAUAGUGGCAAUGUUGAAGGCAGCUGCGGUUCUUCAUCUUAUUUUUAUUUUAUGAUUUGAAUUGAAGAA